UAGCGUGGGCUUAGGGUCACGUCGGCGUCUGUGUUUUCGUCUUUUUGAGUUUAAACCUGAGCGUCUCAGUCCACAGUCCUAUACGCCUGGAGUUUUGGGGUUGCUACGGACGUUAACGUUCCUGCACCCGUGCCUCUUACCUUCGGAUUGGCAUCUCAGGACUCACCUUGCCUGAGAAAGAAGCCCUGAAGAGGAAGAAGAGGAAAGGACAAGGAGUCAGGAAUGACUCUUUCUCAGGCACUGUUGACAUUCAGGGAUGUGGCCAUAGAAUUCUCUCAGGAGGAGUGGGAAUGCCUGGACCCUGCUCAGAGGGCCUUGUACAGGGACGUGAUGUUGGAGAACUACAGGAACCUGGUCUCCCUGGAUAUGUCUACCAGAUGUGUGAUCAAAGAAUUAUCACCAAAAGAGGACAUUAAUAAUGGAGACUUAUUUCAGACAUUGGCUUUUGAAAGACUUGUGAAGGUUAGGGUCCACAGAUUUGAUGGUCAGGUUGCCUGUAGCCAACUCCUUCGUCUUCAUCUUUACAGGAAUCUCCAGGACAGUGAUGGCUUUUGGGCAGAAACAGUUUCUCAGCGAUUUUGGUUGCAAAUUUGUUUACUGUGUCCACAGAGUGAUACUGUGCUAUAUUUGUAUAAGAUGUAACUAUCAGAGGAAACUAGGCGAUGCCUCUACUAUCUUUGUACAUUCCUGUACAUCUGUGAUUAUUUCAAAAUAAAAAGUUAAAGGGAAUGUGGUUUGCUGUGGCUUUUACAAAAUUCAAAUCCAGCUGUUUGUUGAUAUGAGAAUAAAGGAUAUGAUAAAUGA